UCUUUCUCUCUUCUUCCCCGACACUGAGGGAGGGUUUGACCAAUUACCAGCAGCUGUUGCUCAUUUCACAAUAGUCCCGCCCAUGCUGUGCCAGGCUCGAGUGUAGCCUGUGCUACAGUUUACUUAGUUAAAGAAGACUUCUUCUGGCGUAGAGGAUUUUCUACUGUCACUACUGACUGUACUGCUUAGUACAGGACUGCCACUAAAGAAGACUAGUCACAGACGGUCGUGGGGUGAGAGGGGCCCCGGAACAGAGAAACUCUGGACUAAUUUACAGUCAAAUCCACCCCUGGCCCUCAUCUCUUUUCCCGUUGCUCCCCUGAAAAACCCAAACAUCCUCCUGAGAAGGACAUCAGCGACUCCCCUCUACUCCCCCAUCCUCCUCCCCCUCUGCCAAGUUCUCAUGUUCCUCCUCCAGGGAGGUUGGAGAGCAGGGGGCACACACGUGGCCAGCUGCCCAGGCUCGGGGCCACGGUGACAGACAUGGUGCUCAAGAGGAGGCUGGGGCUGUGCUUCCUGGCUGUAAUCUCCCUGCUGGUCAUCUACAUCCUGUGUUUGAGCGUGGAGAUCACCGUCCCCUGGCGCAUGGUCAACCUGAACCUGUCACACUUCCCUGGUCUUGGGUACACACAGGAACCAAACAGGUCACAUGACUCUGAAGACUCUAUUGACGGUAACACACCGUCAGAUGGUUUGGACAGCCUACACACUGGUUCAACACCAACAACACAUUUAAGGUUGAAGGUACAGUCCACAUCCCCUGUCGGAGUCAGACCCUCAAUGAAACCUGGAGCCAGGUCCAAGACUACCAAGGGUCAAAAUAUUAAAGGUGCUCUCCUCUCCAAUUCAACCAAACCAACAGAGCCACCCUUCAUUGGAGACAGUUACUACAGCGAAGUUGCCCCACCUCAAACUGACUGUCCAAACAGUAUUCGUAGCAGGGUUCCCCAGACAGACUUUGGGGUGAGGUAUCUGGGCAGGAUCCCUGUCCUCCAGUGGGCCAAGCAUGCCACUCCAGAACAGUACCAGCGCCUCAAACUGUACCCAGGGGCUCACGGCUGGGGAAACCUUGACAUUGACACUCUAGUGUCGACCCUGUCUGUUCUCAACACAUCGGCCAACUGGCACAUGUUUGAUGACUGGGAUCGUCGUAGCAACGGCUCGCAGUGUGUCUGCUGUGCUGUCGUGGGCAACGGAGGGAUUCUGAAGGAUUCAAAGAAGGGCCGGGAGAUUGACCAACAUGACUAUGUCUUCAGGACCAAUGGAGCUGUGACUAAGGGCUUUGAGCAGGAUGUGGGCUCUAGAACAUCCCUCUACACGUUCUCCACCAACACCCUCCGUAACUCCAUGAAGAGCUACGCCGGAGUGGGCUACAGAGGACCCCCGCUCUCUGAGGAGACUAGGUAUGUCUUCCUGCCAGACCAUGACAGAGAUUAUCUGCUGAUGAAAGCAGCCGCCACACACACUCCAGUAGAGAGAGGACCAGAGAAGAGCAAAACGCCACCCACAUACUUUGGAAAUAAUGUGAGUGUAGAAAAGUUCAAGAUGUACCAUCCAGAUUUCAUACGUUACAUCAGAAACAGGUUCCUCCGAGGCCAUGCCAUGCAGACCAAAUACAAGAACAUAUACCGUCCAUCAACAGGUGCUGUGAUGCUGCUGGCUGCUAUGCACACCUGUGACCAGGUGAGCGCGUACGGCUUCAUGACUCCAGACUAUAAAAACUACUCUGACCACUACUAUGACAGCAGAUAUCACCCUGUGGGUUUCUUCAUCAACCAUGACCUGAAGAUGGAGAUGACACUGUGGCAGCAGCUCCACCAGGCAGGCCUCAUCACGCUCUACAUGCACCAGUGAUCUCAGGAACUAACUCACUCCAGGUCACUAUGGCAAUGACCACAUUAAUGACAUAAGUCUAUGGUAAUGACUCCGUUUCCACCACUGGCUCCCAAGGUUUGCCAACCCCCAGUAAACUAACUGUUGCAACUAUGAGAUUUAUAGAAAAAUUACUCCACGUCUGACUUUGUCAUUGCCUGCCAUGUUGGAGGUUAGCCAAUACUUCUGUGAAAAUGGUCUCCAUGGAGACGGGCUUAGCCUAUCCUCUUGAGACGUCUCUAACAGGGUGGAGGCUGGUUGCCAGGGAGACAGUCAUAGACUGUUGCUGACACUUGCUGAGAUACCAGGAAAACUGACAGAUUCUUUUCAUUCUGGGCAAAGAUUGUUUUAGACUGCACAGCUGAAGAUUUUAUCAAUGAUUCAUUUUGGACAUAUUUUACCAAGUAAUAUUUAUUAGCCUUUUUAUAUUAUUUUAAGACCUUUUUUAGUAUUUUUAAACCAUUUCAGACAAUCAGCUUUUGUGGGUCUUAGUCAGACGGAUGUUUCAAAGAUCACUGCCCUAAAUACUUUCGCACAGCACUGCCGGCAGUAGUCAUGGUCUAUUCUGAUAAGUAGUCAGAUUAUUUUCACAUGAUAUUACUAUGUUUCUGUGUGGAGUCAGUGUAGAAGUGGGUCAACAGACAACUCAAAUGUUUGACCAAAGCAAAGCUGAGGGGAGAAAAUAACAUAUAUAUUUUUUGUUUUGAAAAGUUUAUUUUUUAUGAAAUAUGUUUUUAAAAUGUAUUUUACUUUCACACUUUAAAAAAUUAUAAUGAUAAAAGUUUCCUUAUUAAUAUGAGAGAGCAAUGCUACAUAGACAAGAUCUUUUACCCUCCCUCUACCUUUCUCACUCAUCAUUAUUCACAAUUCAUUCAGGAUUAUCUGUAAUCAUGGUAGCAUCCACAUUAAUGUAGAAGUGUUUAGAAAUAUAUUAUAUUCUUAUUUAUAAUAAAAGUGACUCUAUUGGGCACAAAAUAAUCUGAAACACUACCAAAACUAACUGCAAAUGCAUCCAACAAGUUUGUAGAGUCACAAGCUUGAUGUAGUCAUUGCGUGCUAGGAAUAUGGGACCAAAUAUUAAACUUUUACCACUUUAUUUAUAAGAAUCUUUAGGGUUGUCAAUAAUUUUGACCCCUACCUUUAUAGAGAGAUAGAAAGUAUUACUUGUUAAACAAAAUCUGAGCAAUUGUAAGUAUAAAAUAUAAUUCUCCCAUUUUCUUGCAUACAUUAUCGAUCCGUAUUUUAAUUAUUUAUUUUACACAGUCGUUAUUGCUCAUCUUUUUUAAGGGUGUCAAUAAUUUCGGACCCCACUGUAUGUUGACAAGGGAUAGGGCUGUUGCUGCUGGGCCGGCCACCUACUUAAAAUACCCUCUACCCUCCCUCACUGCCCUAAAUACUUUCGCACAGCACUGCCGGCAGUAGUCAUGGUCUAUUCUGAUAAGUAGUCAGAUUAUUUUCACAUGAUAUUACUAUGUUUCUGUGUGGAGUCAGUGUAGAAGUGGGUCAACAGACAACUCAAAUGUUUGACCAAAGCAAAGCUGAGGGGAGAAAAUAACAUAUAUAUUUUUUGUUUUGAAAAGUUUAUUUUUUAUGAAAUAUGUUUUUAAAAUGUAUUUUACUUUCACACUUUAAAAAAUUAUAAUGAUAAAAGUUUCCUUAUUAAUAUGAGAGAGCAAUGCUACAUAGACAAGAACUGUAUUUCUUUUUCAUACUACCACCAGUGUGUGCCUUAAUGUGAAUCUCAAUAUUUUGUCUGCAAAAUGAGUUGUCGUUGAGGUAACUGGGGAAACUAUUUGAAGUGAAGGAAGAUGUUUCCACAACAACUCCAAAAGGACACUGUCAGUGGCCUUUCUCUUCGGGCACUCGCUCCCAGAACAUGAAUGGAUGUUUCCAAGGAUCUCCUGGAAAAUUGGAGUAUGUGUGGCUGGACUAGACAAUAGAGCACCUGGACUUCUCAAAGCUAGCUCAGGGCUGGAUUCGUUAGGUACCAAACAGAAGACAAUGGACUGAAACAAGGAAGGACUACUUCAACUCCUCCAAUAAGAAACAUUUAUUUUAGUUUUCUGUUGCAAAGCAUUUUGCUAUGCUGUGCCCUAAUGAGCACGACCCAGAAUGAAUAGUGACAAAGGUCACAGAAGUAUCAUUGUUUCUGCUGAAUAUUGAUGCCUGAUGAAUGAGGUCAUUCAGGACCUGAGAAGAACAUUAGAUUCAUCUGAUCACUGUGACAAUAGAGUUGAUCUCUGACUGAGACUUUGCAUGCUCACCUCCACAUGGGAAGUGGACAUGCAUGUGGAAAAUGGUAACACCUACCACGGCUCACUCUACAUGUGCAUAAAAUAUAUGUGGUGCAGGGUAAAGAAACCAAAGACCCUACAACAGAAUCAAUGAAUUAGCUUAUUUUACAUUUUUGUUUUAUGUCUUUUUAGAAUAACAAUCCUUUAACAAUGACAUUAAAUGGUUCAGGCUUUCCUCUACGGAAGACUCACAUCAGACAUUAGUUUUCAAUAUGUACAGAAGAUGUGGUAAACUUUUUUGUUGUUGAUGGAGUUCAUUAACAGGGGGAAUUGGGUUGAGGGGGAGUUCCUCCAUAAUGCAAAUUUUAGAGUGGAUGUUUUUAAUGUAAUUGAAAUCUAUAAAGAAAUUGAGAAUGAAA